GGAACCGCCGCGGAGCGCGUUCGGCGCCUCCAUGCAGGACAUCGACAUGGAGCUGCAGCAGCACAUCCAGCAGUGCAACUGCACCUGCGACCACAUGGGCUACGGCAACUACAUGGACUACCAGACGACCUGCCUGUCCGAGCUGCCCGACGUGGCGGCGCCGCGCUGCAACGGGCGCGCCUCCCGCUCGCACAUCCACCUGGGCUACCCCGACUCGGCGUCCUCCUGCUCCAGCAAGGACAGCGCGCCCGAGGCCAGAGGCGGCACAGCUCGCCGCCGCCGGCCGUGGUGCGUGGGGCUGGCAGUGUGCUCGCUGUGCGUGCUGCUGGCGCUGGCGCUCGGCGUGCCGCUGUCCCUGCGCGGCUCCCGCGGCCUGUCCACGCACCAGGAGCGGCUGGACCUCGUGCGCAGGCUGCUCAAGGAGGUGCCGCUCAUCGACGGACACAACGACCUGCCCUGGAACAUGCGCAAGUACGUGCACAACCAGAUGGGCAGCUUCAACUUCUCCAAGCUGGACGCGUCCGAGCCCUGGAAGACGAGCAACUGGUCGCACACCGACCUCACCAGACUGCGGACGGGCAUGGUGGGGGCCCAGUUCUGGUCGGCGUACGUGCCGUGCGGGGCGCAGUUCCUGGACGCGGUGCAGCUCACGCUGGAGCAGAUCGACGUUAUCAAGAGACUGGCAGAAAUGCACCCGGACUCGCUGCGAAUCGCCACCACGGUGAACGCGAUCCACGACGCCCACCAGACGGGCCGCAUCGCGUCCCUCAUCGGCGUGGAGGGCGGCCACACCCUGGGCAACUCGCUGGCCGUGCUCAGGAUGUACUACGGCCUGGGGGCGCGCUACCUCACGCUCACCCACACGUGCGACACGCCCUGGGCCGACUGCUCCGUCGGCGAGAAGGAGGUGCAGACCGCGGACGACGCCAAGAAGCCGGCCCGGCACAAAAGCGGGCUGUCCCACUUCGGCAAGCUCGUGGUGAAGGAGAUGAACCGGCUGGGCAUGAUGAUCGACCUCUCGCACGCGUCCGUGCGCACCAUGGAGGACGCGCUGAACGUGACGCAGGCCCCGCUCGUGUUCAGCCACUCGUCGGCGCGCACGCUCUGCAACUCGACGCGCAACGUGCCGGACGAGAUCCUGCAGCAGGUGGCGUCCAACGGUGGCAUCGUCAUGGUCAACUUCUACACGUACUUCGUCACCUGCAACCACACUGCAGACCUGCAGGACGUCAUAGGGCAUAUCAACCACAUCCGGAAGGUGGCGGGCCCGGACCACGUGGGCAUCGGCGCGGGCUACGACGGCAUCAACAAGACGCCGCGUGGCCUGGAGGACGUCUCCAAGUACCCGGACCUGCUGGCCACGCUGCUGGCCGACCCGGCCUGGACCGAGACCGACGUCAAGAAGCUGGCCGGCGGCAACCUGCUGCGAGUGUUCAGCGCCGUCGAGGAGGUCCGGGACAAGUGGCGCAUGGCCGCGGUGCCGCCCAGCGACGAGCUCAUCGGCAUGCCCUUCCUGGAGGGCAAGACGGACUGCCUGUGGAUGGGGUCGUGAACGCCGAGGCCGUCAACGCCGAGGCCGUCAACGCCGGGGCC